AUGGCUGCAGGCCUCAAGCGGAUACCCAGCUUCUCGGGGCGACCAGGAUUCCCCAACGGUCUGCAGGUGUUGGUUGUGGACGGGGACACCAGCAGCAGCCAGUGCUUGCGGCAGAAGCUGGAGGAGCUGGCAUAUGAAGUCAGCUGCUGCUCGUCCGGAUCUGACGCUUCGGCGCUCCUGCGCAAGGAGGACUCCAGCUACGACAUUCUCCUAGUUGAGGCCAAAGCUCUGGCAAAGGAUGCUACUGAUGGAGGCAGUCUCAGAGAUUCUGCAGCGCACCUGCCGCUGGUCCUCAUGUCAGAAAAGAGCAGCAGCACAGACGCUGUAUGGCGAGGCAUAGAGCUCGGGGCAGCGGACGUUCUGGAGAAGCCGCUGUCCUCCUUGAAGCUGCGCAACAUCUGGCAACAUGUCGUUCGCAAGAUGAUGAGCUCGUCCCAGGACAGCAGCAGGGAGGCGGUGCCCUGCAAGAUGGAGCCGAAGAGCAAGGGCAAGGGCGUGUCAGCGCCCUCCAGCCCUCGCACUCCCUCCCCUGCAGCCUCCCUCCUCACCAUCAGCAGCGGCACGAUGACAGAGAAGAGCUGCAAGGGCGGCGGCGAUGAGGCCUCCUUCUCAGGUGUGGGAGAUGUGAAGAUGUCCUGCUCGGCAGAGGCGCCGGAGCCCUGCGAUUCGCGCGCGACCGCUGAGUCACCCGCCAGCACGCAGACCAAGGUCACGUUCCCGGGGUGCUUGAAUAGCGGCGGCACGGCGCUCGCGGCUAGCAAGAAUUGCAGCCGCAAGAGAAAGGCAAAGGCGCCGGACACUCCUGCAUCGGUGGCGAGCCGGCCGCCUCUGGCCAUCAGGCCCCCCGCAUGGGCCUCCCCAUUUGGUCCCCCCCACCAGGGCAACACCCACGUCGUCGGCAUGGCCCCGCCACAGUGCUAUAUGCAGGGGGUUGACCCCACGAACGGGUGCGUAUGGGGCACGCCAGCAGGGGGCGUCAGCCAAGCGCCAGCCUACAUGCCCGGCUGGGGCUUCUCGCCGCAGCCAAUGCUUUCCGGCAGCUUCUUGCAGCAUCCCUCCACCAGCGACCUGCACAAGUGCCCCAGCGUGGGUGCCAGCAGCCUGGCAAGCAGCCUGGACAGCAGCCUGACGCUGUGCGGCUUUGGCGCGGACCUGCCUGACGACGAUCUCCUGUUGGAGGACGUGCUUCUGCCGGACGAGGAUCUUCUGGACUUGGCCCCAGAUGAGCCCGCCACCAUGAAGGCCCCCGAGCAGCCGCCCAUCGGCCUCAAGCUCAAGAAGUCCGCUUCACUCAUCGACCUCAUCAAUGCGCAACUGUCCGCCGCCACCGCCUGA